AUCAAAAGAGCGACCAACGUCAAACGGGUAAGUGAUCUAUUUCAUCUUCCUUAUUUAUUUUACACUAUACUUUAAACAAGAUAUUCUACACGAUCUCGUGUAAAUCAAUGUCCACCAUCACGUUCAAAUUCGGGUGAUAUUCGUUGUCAACAACAACAACAACAACCACUUCAUUCUCAACAUCGUUCAGAUCAUGUUCUAAUAAAACAGCGACAUCGUUCAUUGAGUAGUGAACGAAAUCAUCGAUCAACAAGUUCAACAAAACAACGAUCACCUUCACCAUCAGGAUUUGAAUUACAAAAGACUCGUCGUCAACGUUCUAGUGGUAGUACGACUUAUCAAUCAUUUGGCUCGAAUAGAGAUUCUGAUUUAGUACGUCGAUGA